GACGUCAAAACGGCUGCUGUGUCACUCGGGACCGUUGGUCCAUUUUAUGUCAAUGCUCGGGACCUGGUCGAGGCGGCUGUCUGCGGACUGAGGGGCAUUUUAACUUCUCGGCUGUCUUCCAGAAGAAGUGUGGUUUCUCAGAACAGUUCGUCAGACCUAUAAACAAGAUGGGCCCUGCUGGGACAGCUGCUGCCAUUGUAGGAGGUGCAGUAGUUAGUGUGGUCGGGGCUCCUGUUGUUCUGGGAGCCAUAGGUUUCACCUCAGCUGGAAUAGCAGCAGGCUCCUAUGCUGCCGGCAUGAUGUCGGCUGCUGCAGUCGCUAACGGAGGAGCAGUGGCAGCAGGAAGUACAGUGGCUGUUUUGCAGGCAGCAGGUGCAGCUGGUCUGUCAGGAGCUGCCACUGCAGCUGUGGUUGGAGCUGGAGCAGCAGUGGGAUGGCUGACUAGCUUCAUCCGCUGAAAAUCAAGAAGGAACAAGAUACAUUUCCGAUAUCUUUACGUUUACCAAAUUAAGGAGGUUAUUACAAAUUACAUCAGUUAAUUUACUAAACAGCACUUCAGAUUUCAGACAACUGAAAUGUUUUGUGCAAUAAAUCUGUGUAACCUGUGAAAGAUA